AUGGCAUGCGACAGUUGCGGCCCACCGGCUCCAGCCCCUGAGCCUGAUGUUACGCCAAUCGCGGCUCUGAAUGAGACGAGCAGUUGCAAGAAUUCUUGCUGCGAUGGCGAAAAUACGGCCCCGGGUCAGGAAGAACCCGCCCAGGAGGAAUCGGAUGAUUUCUAUUCUCCUGGCAAAUACACAGACGAAAAAAUCGAGAAUAUCGACGCGCCUGACUGCUGCCGUGGCAAGCCCGUUGUUGAGCCUCCAGCUAGGGAGUGUGCAGGAUCUUGUUGCGGAAUAAGUAAGAACGCGAUCACCAAAGAGCUCUCCAUUACCGACUCCUCUGGCUCUUGCUGCAAGCCACCCAAGCAAUGUAUUCUGAAGGGUCCAAGGACUGGUUGCGCUGGUUCUUGCUGCACAGAAAAUCAGCCGGCCAGCCCCCAAGGCUCUUGCACCGGUGCUUGCUGCUCAUCUGCUGCGCCCGAUCCUGGUUCGGAGAUUGACAACGCACUAGUUCAGGACAUCACCGACAUAGAGAAGCAGGAUACUGGCAAGGAAUAUGUUGUUCUCAGCAUUUCUGGCAUGACUUGUACUGGUUGCGAGACAAAGCUCAACCGAACCCUUGGUACUGUCCCCGCCGUCAAAGACCUGAAAAACAGUUUGGUUCUCUCCCGGGCCGAGUUCAACAUUGAUCUUCGCCUUGGCUCAGUGGAGGAAGUCGACUGA